UUUUAUGUAAUAAUUUGUAUUAAAAAAAAAAUUACAUUGACAGAAGGAAUAAAGAAAUGAAAUAUGGAAAUAGCAGAAGACAUGAAACGCGACAGUUGCGACUUGCGAUAUGGUCUUUGUGUUUCUGAAAAUGUUAAUCAAAACUUGAAUAAAAAAUAAUAUUUUAUAUGAAAAAGGUAAUAACAUUGGACUAUAUAAUGGCGGGUUGUAAAACAUUUUUUAACCGUCUUACUAGUUAUGUAAGUAAACCAGUUAUUCUUCAGACAAGAAAUAAUAUUCCUUUUUAUCAACCUAUUGCCAAUAUAAAAAAUUCACAACUUAACAAACAUGGAAUACCAAAUCCACCAAAAAGACCAAAAACUUCUUUUUUUGUAUUUAAAGAAAACAUAUUGCCAGAAAUAAAAAAAGAUAAUCCAGAACUUAAAAUGAAAGAAAUUGUUCGCAUUGUAAGUGAAAAAUGGGCAAAUUAUCCUAUAGAGAAAAAAGAAGAAAUGAAACAAAAUGCACUUGAAGAUUUCAAAAGAUAUCGAGAAAAUUAUCAAAAUUAUAAAACAUCUUUAACAGAUGAACAAUUGAAAAAAUUGGAGGAAGCAAAAGAUAAGAUUAAAUUGAAAAAAACAAAUUUAAAAUUAAAAAAUAAAAAAAAAGAAUUGGAUAAACCUAAACGUCCCUCUUCUGCUUAUAAUUCGUUUUGUCGUGAUAGAUAUUUUAAAUUAGAUGAAUCUGUGCCAUUCAAAGAAAGAAUGAUAUUAUUAGCCCAGCAAUGGAAAAAUGAGGAUGCAGAAGUAAAGAAAAAAUACCGUGACGAUUAUUUAGAAAAAAUGACUGUAUAUAAUGAAAUUUUAAAAGAAUGGGAACAAAAAAUGGUCGAAUUGGGACAUUUUGAUAUGAUUGGUUCAAAUAAGCUUAGAAAAUUACAUAAACAAUUCCAGAAAAAGGCAAAAUUAUAAAAAAAAAAAAAAAAUUUUUUCCCACCGAAAUACUUUAGUUUUUAUUUACAUAAUUUGAACGAAUCAAAAU